CUACCAUUGAGCCAGAGUAGCUUGGAGAGAAGAGAAGGGGUGCGCGCAAUAUGGGAGGGUGAUUCUCGAACAUCUUCAGCUAACAGUUCUCAUGAUGAUGGUCGGAAAAGUAGGGGCGAUACGGUUGCGACCUUUUCGUUUUUUAAACUAGCGCUAGCUACGUCUAACCUUUUCUACAAGAGGCAGUUCUGAAAAGGGGACGAUAAGUUAAGCAGCUGACAGGCAGUGUGUGCCACCUUCUGCAACACACUGGCUUCUCAUCUUCUCCCUCCCUUCGUGAGCACUGAGUAAUGGAAAGCUGGAACUAAUAACUUGGUUUGGUGAUGUGCUGCAUGGUGCCAUGUGAAUGACAGAACCACAAUGAAGUCGUCACACAAGCUGCUGUUCGUCCUGUGCCCCAUGCUGGUCCUGGGCUUCAUCUACUACUCCUCUGGGAAGCUACACCUACACGUAUGGGGCCAGAAGCCACAGAUUGAUUCGGAGUCCACUCUCAUAGUCCCGACUAAAGGUCAAAGCACCACAGAGUUGGAAGCGGACGUUGCUCUCACCGUGGGACAAAUAGUAGGCUCAGUGUAUGAUAAGCAGGGCUUUCUGCUGAAGCUGGAUGCAAAGUUGUCAGCAGAAUUGGCGUACAAGUAUGGCAACCUCAGCGAAGGAGUGUGCAAGCCAGGCUACGCAGCUGCCAAGAUGACUGCCAUCUAUCCAAAGUUCAUGAAGCCAGCUCCCAUGUUUCUUGACCGGAACUUCAAGCGUCUGGCCAAAGUCAGCAGUUACUUACCUCCAUUUGGAUUCAAAACACAAGAAACAAUCAUAGACAUUAUUCUAACUGCCACAAAGAACUAUGGGCUGGGUCAAGACGUUGACAGUUUAAUUUGUAAAAGAUGCAUUAUCGUGGGCAAUGGUGGUAUCCUGGCUAAUAAGUCUCUGGGCUCCCGAAUCGAUGAUUACGACAUUGUGGUGAGGUUGAACGAGGCUCCGGUGACUGGUUUCGGCAAGGAUGUGGGCACCAAGACCACCAUGCGUAUUACCUACCCCGAGGGUGCCAUCCAGAAGCCUGAGCGAUACGAGAAGGACUCGCUCUUCGUCUUCUCUGCCUUCAAACCGCUGGACUUCAAGUGGCUCAGACAGAUGGUCUUCAGAGAGAAGCUGCGUGGUACAGAGGGCUUCUGGAAGUCAGUGGCCCGUUACGUCCCGAAGGAGCCCACAGAGAUGCGCAUCCUCAACCCCUACUUUAUCCAGGAGGCUGCCUUCCAGUUCAUCGGCCUGCCACUCAACAACGGCCUCAUGGGGAAAGGGAACAUUCCAACCCUGGGUACGGUCGCCAUAACGAUGGCCCUGCAUAACUGUGAUGAGGUGGCGGUGGCCGGCUUCGGCUACGACAUGAACACGCCCCACGCGCCCUUGCACUACUACGAGACGGUCAAGAUGUCCGCCAUCAAAGAGUCCUGGACACACAACAUAUCCAAGGAGAAGGAGUUCCUCCGCAAGCUGGUGAAGGCCAACGUCAUCACAGACCUGACCAACGGCAUUUGAGUCUAACUGUUCCAGAGCUUUGCCUUUUUCCAAAAGAACCACAGAACAGAGGAUUCUGGGAAUUAACCUAGAUGGGUGGUGGGGGGGGACCCAGACCCAAACCCUGGUGGUCUGUAUACUGCCUAAGUUUUUAUGAAGAGAAGAUUUAAACGGACGACUCAGUGGAGAGACUCACAUACUUGCCUUCUGACCCAGAGGCUCCUGUGUCAGGAGAGACAUAGGCCUGGAUCGGACAUCUUCAGGACAGUCAACGAUCCGACAACCAUGUUUACCGUUUCAAUAACCCUGAAAAUCACGUGAACGAACAAGUGAUAUGGAAGAGGAUGAUUAUGGAUGGCAGAGGAUGGAAGGCCUGACGGACGGCUGUAGAGACGGACAAUCUGCAGAAGAGAGGGACAGAUGGUUACAGCAGUGCCAAAUGUACGUACCUCGUUACAAAGGGGGGAGCAGAGGCCUUCUCCCUGUACUGCCUGAAUGUAUUCACAAAACAAUGUAAAUAUCAAAGAUCAUUACCAUGCUGCAGCAACCCCCCAUCCGGGCAUUGGCGAGCCUCCCUCCAUCUGGGUAUCAGCAUACAGUACAUAUCCCACCUCAGACCCACACAAGGCCUUUUUUUAAACCUUCGUCUCUCCCCCUUAUCGCUUCCAUAUCAGCAGGCCUUUUUGAGGCUGCCCUGCAUUUUGAGAUUAUCAUUACAGAUGUUAAUAUCCAGCAAGAGAAGAGGCCUGGAUUAUUUUAUUUAGGUUUAAUUUAUUUAUAAAUAGGCUGAGAAUUGGUGCAAUUGUUCUAGUUCGCCACGAUGUGCUUCCUCAAUGACUCACUGAGGUGUCAUUAGUUGUUGAGUGGAUAUCCCUCAAACCUGAGACCCUAGUAUUUCCAGUAUGCCUUUAAUAUAAGCCCAAGUCCAAGUCAGUAUUAUCAUUUAUGUCCAAUAUUUCAGUCAGAUUUUUGUGUUGUGAAAUUUUUAUUUUUUAUGUUUUGAACAUAACAAAGUAUCACAAGAUGAAGCCCCAACAGAUCAGUAUUACAGAGAGAGAGAGAACCAAUGGUCUGGGAAUAGUGUUCCCGUUCACACUCAAGUGUUCAGAAUAAUUUGCCACUUGUCAAGUAUUUCAAUAAAAACCCAAGGGGUCCAAUAUUUCAGUCAGAUUGUAGUAAGUCGUAUUACAAUAUUAAACCAUAUUUCAGUUAUAUCCUGUUUGGUUUGUGAUAUUAAACCCAAAUUGGUAUUACAAUAUGAAAGCUUACUGAUCCACUGUUUCUCAGUGAAAGGCCCAUUUGGUUAGUAGUUACAGUUCCAGCAUUAACGGAUCAGUAUUUAGGUGUUGCUCCGGUGGCUCAGUAUUACAAGAUGAGACACCACGCUAUGGUUACAGCCUCACCCGCUGCUUCCCUCAUCAUCAACUUCAACUGAAUGUCAUAAUCAGCUUUUUUAGUUCUUUCUACCUUUUUUUGGAUGACAUUUUGACUGUUGCUUAAUUUUUGUAUUUAAUGUUCUUUUUUACUGUCUUCGUGGAGGUGCAUACUUACUGUACACCUGUAUCCACUUAUCUUCCUGUCCAUUAGUAAGGUAUUAGGGUUGUGUUCAUUUGGCGAGAAAUAGAAGAAAACAUACUAAAACGUUGAGACUGACUGGACUUCAAAUGCUAAUGUCUGUUCUAUUGCGAAAGGUUUUAAAUAGUUUCCCUUUGUGUACUGUAAUGAACACUAACCAGUUUCAGAGGCGUCACUGCUCUCUCUUGCUGGGCUCCCACAACAAAACUUUUCUCACUUCUGUUCACGAUGGGAAAAUUAAAGAAUAUGGAGGAAUCUUAACCUAGCCUACCAUAUUGGUGUACCUAUCCAGGCCCUUCAAAUUAGUUAGGGGAAAGUAGGCUGCUUUUACACAGGCAGCCCAGUUCUGAUAUUUGUUCCACUAAUUUGUCUUGUGAAAAGAUUUGAUUGGUCGAAAGACCAGUUAGUGAAAAAAGAUCACAAUUGGGCUGCCUGUGUAAAUGCAGCCUUUGUUAUGUAGGUUGGAGGGAAGGGAUGGAUCUUUCAGAAAUGGAACCCUGCAUAGGACGUUCACUGCUAGGGUCCUAAGAACAGCUCACUGCCACCUGACGAGGCCCUCUCAGGCUGCGUUUACAGGGUUGGACUCGAUUCCAUAUCAAAUAUAGACGAGUUAAGUCGUCAGUCAUUUUCAAUUAGGAUUCUUUUCAUGAAUUAAAAAAUGAAUUAUGUGCACCCUGGAAUGGGCAGGAAUUGAAACAGAAUUGACCCCAGCCUGGUCUGCAGGCAGAAUGUCAUUAUUAGAACUGGAGACGACAAUGACAUCAUACGAGAAACCAUAUCAUCCAACGAGAGAGGUCAAAAUCAGUCAUCACCUUGCCCUAACACAAUCAAUCACUGGCAAGGUGGUUACAGAUCAAAUCACAAGUGUUACUGUUUCUUUUUCUAUAUUAUAUGAAAUCGAGACUGUCAUAUUUGCAACUUGUUAAUAAAUACGUUGACCCUUUUGUCGCUUUGUAAGGUG